UGUAUCGCUGGCUGCGUGGUUACACUGCAGAGUAGGAACUCAGGAGUGCAGUGGGUGUUGAUGACACUAAAACUUUUACAAUAGAAGGGCUCUGUGUAGUACAAGGAGAGGCAGGCAGAAGAGUCUCUUUAUUAAGUGCCUGUGUUGUGGAAGAUCUUUUGACUGGAUGAGAGACUACUGGGGUGAUCAGCGUUAAUAGCUUCUCUGCAGACAGGACUGUUGUCAAUUUGAGUGCACUGGUUACAAAACCUUUUGAACUGGAAAAUGCAACUAAUGAAGUGGUAUGUCUUCUUUACUGGAUACUUGUAAUUUGUAUCUCCUAAUUAGUUAGACCAUAGACUGAGUAAUGUGGAAUUGUACUAGUUGGUGAAAACCAUUACCACUACUGUAAGUGUAACUGCAUGGCUUUAAAAACACUUGUGGAUCAUUUAACUCAUGAAGCUUCAGUUCAACCAGAGAGCAAGACAAAAAUGUACAUGGUCUUGUUUUUUCCCAAGUGAUUACUGACAAGCUGUUGAUUGACUGCAAGGCUAGACUCUAGAGUGAGAUUUGAUUGAGCAUUCACGAUGGAAAGUGCAGUGGUAUCCCUCUUCAGUGACUACAAGCACGGCAAGAGAUUCAAAUCCCAGCCACUUACCUCCGCCGCCAUGACCAGAAACAAUACCAGAACAAUGCCUUCACUACCAAGGACCAAACCAAGAAAAUCACAUCCCAGCAUAGACGCUUUCCACAAAGUGGAGGUCUCCCAGCGACUACGCUGUACGACCACCCCGCCCCCAUCGCUACAAUCUCCAUCCCUGCCAAGGAUAAGUCUCCAUGAAAACCACACCAAACAACAGCAUCGCCAUAGUUACUCCAAUCACCUUCCGGCAGAGAAAAUUGACGCACAACUUUUCAUGCCGUCCAUUCAAUAUCGUGCAACUCAAUCCCUGCCCUCCCUCUCUCAGUCAAAGAUGAGCGGGAAAAACUCAAAAAAGACUCUCUACACAAAAGAUCCGCAAAGGUGUUCGACCUUUGACCUCUUCAAGACCUCAAGGAUUGGACGGAGGACUGCUUCUCACCGCCAGAACUAUGCUUGGGAUUUCGGCUCAAAGGACGAUGAGGUUUCACCUAACAGGAAAGAUAGCUGUUUUCCCACACUUGGUCCUGGUGAUACACAGAGUACGAGACCAGUACACUUGUACAUGAGUGUUGAAAUGAUGGAUAAACUCCUUGAGAAGCGCAAGGGAUUACGAUCAGACGCUACCUUGAAUGCUCUUAUCGGUUUACCUCCAAGCACAAAGCAGAACUCUAAUGCUGAGAAGGAAACCCUAAAAAAUUUGCCCAAAGCAGCGAGAAAGAAAGUUGAUGAGAGCAAUGUCCAAGAGAUAAGACCCUCAAACCUCAAGGAAAAAACAUCCAAGGAAUCAAAGCCUGAGACACUAUCUUUAAAGGAACCAAAGUCUAAGGAACUAAACUUUGAGGAAUCAAAUUCCGACGAACCAAAUCCCAAGGGACCAAAUUUUGAGUCACCAAAGUCCAAAGUAUCAAUGUCCAAGGUACAAAAGCCUAAGAAACCGAAGUCCAAGGAACUAAAAUCCAAGAAACCAAAGUCUGAUAAGGAUUGGGAUGAUAAUUCAUCCAAGGGGAAACCAAUGUCAGAGGAUUUCCAGGAAGAUGAGAUGGAGUUUGAGGACGAUGAGGAGGCAGAACUCGGGGGACUAGGAGAAGAAGAGGAUGGAGAUGAAGAAUUUGAUGCAGCUGAAGAUGAGGAGGAAGAUGCAGAUGACAAAGAGGAGGAAUUCGAUGACAUUUCAAAUGAUUCCGAUGAAGACAUUAAUGAGGACUUUUUAGGACAAGGAAGAGAGGGGGAUGAAAUGCCUGACACAGCUGAGGAGAUGGACGGAGAUUGCGAUGAUGAGGAAGAAGAUGUAGGAAAGGAACUUGAUGAACAAGACAAUGACAAUUCAGAUGAAGAAGAUCUUGCAGGACAAAACAAGGAUGGGGGUACUGAAGAGGAAGAGGAUGAUGCUGAAGGGGAAGAGGAUGAUGUCGAAGGGGAAGAGGGGGAAUCUGACCAAGAAGAUGAACCCCUGGAUGAGGAAGGAGGUGGUUUAUCUCAUGAGGGUGAACAAAAUGAAGCCUCAGAAGAUGAUGCUGAACUGAUAUCAGAUUAUGACGGGGAUGAAUAAGUCAAUGGGGAACCUUUAAUUUGAAUCAGAUUCAAUAGGUAUUUAUAUCAUGGCCCUACUUGUUUACAAAAGACAUUAUGCACAUGACGUCAUUUGAGUAGGGCGCCCUCGACUAGAGGUCAAAAAAAGUCAUUAAAGACACUGGACAC